CAGCACACCUCCUGCAGAUUUGGUUCAGUCCGUAACCCGGUAGAUUUUCCCACGUGACCGACGCGACUUCCUUUCUUGUGGCAGCCAUCGAACGAAAUGGCAAAGAUCAAGGCCAGAGACCUGCGUGGAAAGAAAAAGGAGGAGCUGUUGAAACAGCUGGAGGAUCUGAAGGUGGAACUCUCCCAACUCCGGGUUGCCAAGGUUACCGGUGGCGCUGCCUCCAAACUCUCCAAGAUCCGAGUUGUCCGAAAGUCUAUCGCCAGAGUUCUCACAGUUAUCAACCAGACACAGAAGGAGAAUUUGAGGAAGUUCUAUAAGGGCAAGAAGUACAAGCCUUUGGACCUGAGACCCAAGAAGACCCGUGCCAUCCGUCGUGAGCUGACAAAGCACGAGGAGAGCCUGAUGACCAAGAAGAUGCAGAGGAGGUCUCGCCUCUACUCGGUUCGCAAAUUCGCCAUCAAGGCUUAAGCGGCUGUACUGUUUUUUCACUGAAAAUAAACACCCCACCCUGGAGUUAAAAUGC